UCCACACAUUUAGUGAUUGACUGCCGGUUUUUCACUUGUUGAUUCUUUUAUCUUUUGCUUUAAAAAUAGUUGCAUGCAAAUAUGCAUUUAAAUACUGAUAAAUAGCAUUCUCGACGUGUUAACGAAUACAAAAAAGUGUAUGAAGAGAUCAAACUAACAAUUUCAAAGGGAAAAUUUCUACUAAUCCGUUUACUUUAUUACAAGUCGUUCCUAAAAGUCAUUAAAAUUAGGCUUUCUAAAUAUUGACACAAUUAGAUUGUUCUAAUAUUCGAUGAAACAAGUGAAUGGGAGGAAUCUACGUAUUUCAUCACAAUCCACAACAGCAUAUAGAGUUGGUAAAGGGAUUACCAACGUGAGAUGUUGCAAAUAUCUUAGGUCAAGCUAUAAAUUUCCAAGAUGAUUGAAAAUCACUGCGACAAUAGUGGUAGUAGCAACGCCACUGUAAGCCCCAUCAAGAUAACAACCCUAUCAGAUACUACGAUAAAUAUGAGAACUGAAGAGCAACGACAGAUUGGGGAUAAUAAAUAUAUAACAUUGCAACUUCACUCACAAGGAUUGCAACAGUUCAUAACGCAAUCUCGAGAGCAUAAUAGGAUUGGUAUUACAACCAACCAACUUGACAUUUUCACUUCAGAAGCUAAUUCGGGAUACGAACAGUUGAGUGAAGUGGAAAAUAUGAAACCGUUGCCAUUAACACCAGAAAAUUAUCCUAAUAGUGUUAUAACCAACGAAUAUUCUUGUAGCUCAAAUCAAACUAAUAAGGACACAGCUAUGACAGAUGUCGUUCAAGUUUCCGAUGCAUCCAAUCCUUCUGACGAGCUCAACAAAGAGGAGGAUAUUAUACUAAGUGAUGAGCCUUAUCAAUAUCUACAAGAACUUAAUUCGGAUAAUCUUAUGCAGUUCAGCCAGCAAUCGGCUAUACAGGAGUUAAUCAUGAAGCAGCAAUUGGAUGCUAAGCCGAAUUUGGACAUAUUGCCCACAUUCGAGGAGCACGACAUUGGCGGCUACAAGUUCAACGUGCAAAUUGGUAAUAACACUCAAGCCAAAAAGAGUUGGAUGUACUCGCCCAAUCGCAAGAAGCUCUACAUACGUAUGAAUGAAAUUCUUUCAUUGGAGGCUGUGUACGUGCCCAAGUUGCCAUUGCAACAGCUACGCGUGCGUGUGCUCAUGAGUUUUAAGAAUGAAGUGAGUGAGCCAGUGGUGCGCUGUCAAAAUCAUCUCAGCAAGGAUACCGAGUCACAUCAAAAGCGCCGUCACAGCUUACUGCGCUGUGAAAAUCCUACUGCUGAGUAUUGCGGCACAGCUGAUGGCAAAAGCAUUAAUGAUCGUUACUCGAUUUUAAUACCAUUGGGUCUCAGUGCCAUGCCAAAGAAUGACAGUUCCAUUUCACAAACGAUCGCCAUAAAGUUCACUUGUCAGAAUUCCUGCGUUGGACGCCGUGAGACAAGCAUAAUAUUUCUACUAGAGGGCAUGAGUGGUGAAAUACUCUCACAACGCGUGCUGGAUGUCAAGAUUUGCAGCUGCCCCAAGCGAGACCUCGAAACUGAUCAGCGCAACAGCACAGUUCCAUCCAAACGUAAAUCUAGCGGAGAAAUGCCAAGUCGCAGAACGAAAUUUAUGAAAAGCGCCGCUGACAGCAGCAAACAUGCAAAAGCUUUAAAAGAUGAGGACACCAGCAGUGAUUUGGAGAACAGUGAUAGCGGCAUUAGUACUGCGCGUGAUAUAGACCUGCAACCAACACCAAGCGGUGGCUACCGCCUUGUCAUUGAGCUCAAUAAAGAGAUGAUGCAGAAAACGGUCGAAUAUGUGAGUCAAGUAGCUGCGCUUAAAAUUUUCAAUGAACCACAACAGGCGAAGCAUUAUAAUAAAAUGUGUCGACAGCUAAGUCGAUAUACAGAAAAAUUGCAGAGAAAAUAGUUGUGAUUGCAAAUUUUUCGUAAAAAUGCCUUUACUGUGUAAAUAGUUAGUUAUAAGUAAUGUGAGGUUACGUUGUAAGAUUUUGUUUUAUGGUUUUGUUGCGUCCAUGUUUUGUCAUGUACCCAGCUUGUAGAGUGUAUGCAUUUAUUUCCUUGUGAAAUGUUUGGCACUACGCGUCUACAUGUAUUUCCUUUUUUUUUUGUUCGAUUUUUGUUAACUGUAUGUAUUUUUGGUCUUUCGGAAAUAUUUCAAUUCCUGCUUUGAAAUAUUCUGUUUAAGUGCUUUAAUGUGUGUAAGUUUUAAGUGAUACUUAUUUUUGUUGUUAAAAUACAUAUGAGUUCUUAAUUUUUGAGUUUACUCAAACUCAUAAUUGAAGUAUUUUAAAGUGAAUUAAACUUUAACUGUGAAUGAUCAAUUUUUUUUUCUUUUACAAAAAUAAAUAAAUGAGUUGCCACUCGUGUAAAAAACACUUUAUAUAAUAAUAUUUGUCCAUUUAUAUUUUUAGUCAAAUGUGAUUUCAAUUCUAUUUAUACUAUUUAAGGAAUUUUUUCACAUAAAGCCCAUCACCGCAAAAAAAUAGGUAUAUUAACGUACCAACAUUCCCAUACAAAACAUAUGAUUUAUACAUUAGCAAGCUUGUAAAUUACCUAACUGCACAGCACAACAACUACUUAUUACUAUUUACUAAUGUUAGGUUUGCUUGAGGGGUAAUAUUCACUUGCGAAUCGAAAAAAUCCGUAUGUUUUGUGAUUUCUUUUUUGAAAAGGCAUUUUAUAUCAAAAAUAAAGUAAAAAUAAUGUACAUUUACAGAAUUUAAUGUAUUUUAAUAAUCGGAUUCAUAUUGAAAAUAUUUGAAUUGCCUUGAAUCCUUAGCCGAUCUUCUGGGGGACCUUCGAAAUAAGGUGUCUUCGCCUAGAAAGAUUUUUCUGCUUAAAAUUAACUUAAAUCCCCAAAUUAAAAAAAAACUUUAUUAUUACUAUGUAUGAAUGCAGGCAAUGAUCGAAGAAUAAGCCAAAAGUUUGAUUUUUGAAGAUAUGGCAGCUUGCCAAAAAAGUAUUUAUUUGUGAAAAUUUUGCACUUCAGUUUGACAAUUAUUAUUAGAAAUCGUAUUGCUUUGAUCAUUAUCUGAAAUAUAUAUAAGCCGGUCGUGUGAACAUUUCAAGUCGAUCGGUUUAGCCGUUUCGAAGAAAGUUUCCUUGCGAACUCUGAAAACAUCGUUUCGGAAAAAAUGCGUAUAAUGUUUUUGGAGACGUUUACAUUAAGUUAAAAAAUUCUUAGAAAGGCGCUCAUAUCUCCGAAACUUUUGCCGAAUCAACUACAAAUCCUAGACUAUUCUCAAAUAUGUAUGUUUUCAAAAUAUAUAUGUAUAUAUGCAAAUAAAAAAUCGAUUUUUUGAAAUUCACAAGUGGAUAUAAUCACAUUAAGAACACUACUUAAAAAAUUGUCAUAAAAAAGCGGUGUGAGUUGUAAGUUUUUUUUUCCUUAAGCUACAAGUUAUUGAACUUCCAAAUCUAGAACUGAUUUUCGAAAUAUAUUUAACUUUUACUUUAUGUUUAUGAAUUCUUUGUUUUAGUGUCAAAUGUGGCCAAAAGUAUAUACAUAUGCAAGUAUAUGUGCUAUGGCAAUUAUCAUUAAGUUAUAAUUUUAUGAAUUCUAUGUGCCUUUUAUGUUCUUCGCUAAAUGUUUACAAAUUAAAAAACUUAAAUAAACAAUGAUAUUUGCUAAUCAAAGCAUCGA